AUGUCCACAUCAUCGAGCUCCAUGUCUGGCGGUAUGUCAUGGCAGGAUCGCCUCGAAGAAUGUUGCCGUGAGGCACAAAUCCCCCAGCCAGUCUUCCAGAUGUUCUCAGACCGCCGUGGCGGACGAACUGCAUGGUCUAGCAAAGUCGUCAUUGAUGGACACUGCCAUUCUGCCAGGUAUUGGUAUGAUGGUAGAUAUCUCAAUAAUGCCAAGGAAGAUGUCGCUGAAGUGGCAUACAACUGGCUCAUGGGGAUCUAA